ACCUCUCUCGACUCUCGUCUGUGUUCAUUUCUCUCGCAUCAGUACGGUAUACUGUAGCCUUGGUGUUCGACUCCGCCCCCCUUGCUUAUCCGAUAAGGCAAAGAUGGCCGUGCUCCUCUGGUCCCCUUCCGAUUCGCCCCCUUCCGACAUGGAAGCUUCUAUAGCCGCCGUCGAGAGGAUCCUCAACUACCGUUUUCGGGAUAAACAUCAUUUAGAGGAUGCUUUGACGCAUUCUUCGUACUCAGAUUCACCUUCAUACGAGCGUCUCGAGUUCGUCGGUGAUGCAGCUCUGGGCCUUGCUUUUACUAAUUACGUUUACCUGACUUACCCCAAGCUUGAUCAGGGGCUGCUUUCGCUGAUCAGAUCGGCUAACAUAAGCACGGAAAAACUAGCCCGUGUCGCCGUUAAACACCGUCUUUUUCAGUUCGUUCGACACAAUGCUGCUGACCUUGCGCUAAUGGUUAAGGAAUUUACUGAAAUUGUUAAUGAGGAAGAUGGUCCAGUGGCUUACGGUGGAUCAAUGAAAGCACCUAAGAUUUUAGCUGAUAUUGUAGAAUCUGUCGCAGCUGCCAUUUAUAUCGAUGCCGAUUAUAAUCUGGAAACACUUUGGAAGAUAUUUAGAGGUCUGUUGGAGCCUAUUGUUACCUUGGAAGAUUUGCAGCAACAGCCUCAACCCGUGACAUUAUUGUUUGAUAUAUGUCAAAAGCAACGAAAGCAGGUUGACAUAAUACAUUCGAAAAAUGGAGAAAAAACCAUUGCUGAAGUAUAUGUCGAUGGAGAGUUCAUUGCAUCGGAUUCCUCGUAUCAAAAGGAUAUUGCGAAGCUUACUGCGGUAAAGAAAGCUUUGCUUAAGUUAUCAAAGUCCAUGGCUGUUGACGUUGAUUCAUUUGGAAUUGAUGAGUCUUUUAAGAUUGAAGGAGCAAAACAAAAGUUGCACGAGCUCUCCACAAAGAAGAAAUGGUCCAAGCCUAUCUACGAGCUUGAGAAAGAUGAAGGUCCUCCGCAUGAGAAGAAAUUCGUAUCUGCAGUUAAAAUUCCGACGAAAGGUGGUAUUUUAUGCAUCAGUGGGGAGGAAAAAACCAGAGUAAAAGAAGCAGAAAACUCUGCAGCUUUUAAUAUGCUUCGAUCCCUCCAAGAAUAUGGAUACAUGGAAUUUGGCCAACAAUUUGUGUCAUGUUUAUACUAACCGUUAAGAUCUCUGAGAUUGUGUGCCGGAAUAUAAGAUUAUCAGUGAGAAUAAAAGAUUAAUAGGG